ACGGCUCCGCUGCCCUAUAAGUGCUGGGAGCAUCUACCAGGCCACAGGUGUGACCUGGAGCUGAGUGGGGUCACCAUGGCCAGGGGUCCCACUGUCCUGCUCGUCUUGCUCCUGUGUGUCCAAGACCGGGCUGCCCAGGCUACCGACACCUGUCCAGAGGUGAAAGUGAUGGGCGUGGAGGGUACCGACAAGCUCGCCAUUCUCAGGGGCUGCCCAGGGCUGCCUGGAACCCCAGGACCCAAGGGUGAGGCAGGAGCCAAAGGAGAGAGAGGUGAACGAGGAGCCCCUGGACCCCCUGGCAAGGCAGGACCGCCUGGGCCCAAAGGGGACCGAGGGGACAAAGGGAUUCGUGGAGAGAAAGGAGACACUGGGUCUUCUCCAUCCUGUGCUACAGGACCUCGGACUUGCAAGGAGCUUCUCAGCCGGGGCUACUUCCUGAGUGGCUGGCACACCAUCUACCUGCCUGACUGCCGGCCCCUGAGCGUGCUGUGUGACAUGGAAGUGGAUGGGGGCGGGUGGACAGUCUUCCAGCGCAGACUUGAUGGCUCCGUGGACUUCUUUCGGGAUUGGGCCGCCUACAAGCACGGUUUUGGCAGUCAGCUCGGGGAGUUCUGGCUGGGGAAUGACAACAUUCAUGCCCUGACAGCCCAGGGAAACAGCGAGCUUCGCGUGGACUUGGUGGACUUCGGGGGAAACCACAGCUUUGCCAAGUAUGACUCCUUCAGGGUGGCAGGCGAAACAGAGAAGUACAAGCUGGUGCUGGGCGCCUUUGUGGAGGGCAGUGCAGGAGACUCUCUGAAAUCCCAUGACGACAAUUUCUUCUCCACCAAAGACCAGGACAACGACCAGAGCUCCGGCAAUUGUGCAAAGCAGUACAGCGGAGCCUGGUGGUAUGGGCGGUGUCAUGUGUCCAACCUGAACGGCCUCUACCUCAGGGGUCCCCAUGAAAGCUAUGCCAAUGGCAUCAACUGGUCGUCGGGCAAAGGGUACAAAUACAGCUACAAGAUGUCAGAGAUGAAGUUUCGGGCCACCUAGCUCCAAGUGGAGACCCGUCUCCCUGCGGGGCAGAGGCCACCACACACACGGCCACAACAGAAUCACUGUCCCCACUCAGGAAGGUGCUGCCCUACCUCACUGUGACCUCUGCCCUCUGCCCUAUGCACCCUCCAUGCCAAUGCCAACUCACCCGGUCUGUUCCUAGCCUCACCAGGGGCAACAGUUAUGUUUCUGAAACACAUCUCUCCUGCAGACAUUCA